AUGGGUAGGCUUUCACAUAAGGAGUUUUUAAGCCAAGUGACAAAACUCCUGGAGAAAAAUGACGGGAAAAAGUCGAUAUAUAUAACACAGAAAAGGCUUCCAAGUACGGAAUCAAUGAUCCAGUCUGAACCAAUGGAUGAUCUUCAGGAUGAGGUGAAACCUAUCGUGUUGAAACAAGCUACAACUGAAAAUAAGGCUGAUACAUAUAAAGUGCUAAUAAGAGUGACAAACGGAAGCCGAGACAAAGCAUCAAAGAUCAAAUUGAGCACAAUCGUGGAUCCAGAGGAAUUGGAGUCGUUUUGGGCUUCCUACACUAAAGUACUAAAGGCCGGCUUUCCAGGUUUGAAGAAGAGAUCCAAGAAGAAGAAGAAGAAGAAGAAGCACCAAACUCAGGGUAAAAGUGAAAUAAAUUAG